AUGAUUUAUCAAAUUAAUUGUACAAGUGAUUAUAAUAAAUUAUUAAAUUCAGUAAAAAACUGUCCAAGUAUUCAAUAUCCUCAGUAUGUAACUUUUAUAAAACGGUUACAAUCACUUAAUAAAUUUCCAUCAUCUUUACCUGAUAAAUUACAACUAUCAGAGGCAGGAUUUUUCGGUAAAACUAGAGAUUCAGUUCAAAGUUUCCAUUGUGGUUUAAUAUUAAGUAAUUGGCUUAUUGGAGAUUGUCCUUUUCGUGAACAUGCAAAAUUUUCAAACAAUUGUACUUUCUUAUUAUUAAGUAAAGGUGUUAAUUUUA